AUGUUGAAGUUCCUAGAGGGCCUGGAGGCCUCUGAAGUCUCCUUCCGGGGUGACUUCACACCUGCAGGCUCUCCUCCAAUCGCAGCCAAAAUUGGAGGCGAUGCUGCCACAACCGUGAAUAACAGCACUCCGGAUUUUGGUUUUGGGGGCCAAAAGAGACAGUUGGAAGAUGGAGAUCAGCCAGAGAGCAAGAAGCUGGCUUCCCAGGGAGACUCGAUCGGUUCUCAGCUUGGACCCAUCCAUCCUCCACCACGGACUUCAAUGACAGAAGAGUACAGGGUCCCGGAUGGCAUGGUUGGCCUAAUCAUUGGUAGAGGUGGUGAACAAAUUAACAAAAUCCAGCAGGAUUCGGGUUGUAAAGUACAGAUCUCUCCAGACAGCGGUGGCCUGCCUGAACGCAGUGUGUCCCUGACAGGAGCCCCCGAGUCCGUCCAGAAAGCAAAGAUGAUGCUGGAUGACAUUGUAUCUCGGGGCCGUGGGGGCCCCCCAGGCCAGUUCCACGACAAUGCCAAUGGGGGCCAGAACGGCACAGUGCAGGAGAUCAUGAUCCCUGCGGGCAAGGCCGGCCUGGUCAUUGGCAAAGGCGGGGAGACAAUUAAGCAGCUGCAGGAACGCGCUGGGGUGAAGAUGAUCUUAAUUCAGGAUGGAUCCCAGAAUACGAACGUGGACAAGCCCCUGCGGAUCAUCGGGGACCCUUACAAAGUGCAGCAAGCCUGCGAGAUGGUGAUGGACAUCCUCCGUGAGCGUGACCAGGGUGGCUUUGGGGACCGGAAUGAGUAUGGAUCUCGGAUCGGUGGGGGCAUCGAUGUCCCAGUGCCCAGGCACUCUGUUGGGGUGGUCAUUGGCCGGAGCGGCGAGAUGAUCAAGAAGAUCCAGAGUGACGCUGGGGUGCGGAUCCAGUUCAAGCAAGAUGAUGGGACAGGACCCGAGAAGAUAGCUCACAUCAUGGGUCCCCCAGACAGGUGUGAGCAUGCAGCGCGGAUUAUCAACGACCUGCUCCAGAGCCUCAGGAGUGGUCCCCCAGGCCCUCCAGGAGGUCCUGGCAUGCCCCCAGGAGGUCGAGGCCGGGGCCGGGGCCAAGGCAGCUGGGGCCCCCCUGGUGGGGAGAUGACCUUCUCCAUCCCCACCCACAAGUGUGGGCUGGUCAUUGGCCGAGGGGGUGAGAAUGUGAAAGCCAUAAACCAGCAGACAGGCGCCUUUGUAGAGAUCUCUCGGCAGCUGCCGCCCAACGGGGACCCCAACUUCAAACUGUUCAUCAUCCGUGGUUCACCCCAGCAAAUUGACCACGCGAAGCAGCUCAUUGAGGAGAAGAUAGAGGGUCCGCUGUGCCCCGUCGGACCAGGCCCAGGGGGACCAGGCCCUGCAGGUCCCAUGGGGCCAUUCAAUCCUGGCCCUUUCAAUCAAGGGCCUCCAGGGGCUCCCCCCCACGCUGGUGGUCCCCCUCCUCACCAGUACCCACCUCAGGGCUGGGGCAAUACCUAUCCCCAGUGGCAACCGCCUGCCCCUCAUGACCCAAAUAAAGCAGCCGCUGCAGCUGCAGACCCCAAUGCUGCCUGGGCCGCCUACUACUCCCACUACUACCAGCAGCCCCCAGGCCCUGUGCCGGGCCCCGCCCCUGCCCCCGCAGCCCCGCCCACCCAAGGAGAGCCCCCGCAGCCGCCCCCCACCGGCCAGUCGGACUACACCAAGGCCUGGGAGGAGUACUACAAGAAGAUUGGCCAGCAGCCCCAGCAGCCUGGUGCGCCCCCGCAGCAGGACUACACGAAGGCCUGGGAGGAAUACUACAAGAAGCAAGCGCAAGUGGCCACCGGAGGGGGUCCGGGAGCGCCCCCGGGCUCCCAGCCCGACUACAGCGCCGCCUGGGCUGAGUAUUACAGACAGCAGGCUGCUUACUACGGACAGACCCCCGGUCCUGGCGGCCCCCAGCCACCUCCCACCCAGCAGGGACAGCAGCAGGCAAGUGGGAAUUGCCACCCUCCUCCUCCUCCUUUCUCCUUCCAACCCCCGGCCACCGUCCAUCCUGCCUUAGUGGGUAGCGCCGGAAACCCCUUCCCCUGCGGGGUGUGCCCUUGAUGCCUGCAGCGGGCCGCGUGGCCGAGGUCUCCGGGAGCGCCCAGCCCCGCUGCCGCCGCCGCCGGAAGAGCUUGCGGGGCGGAGGUGACCGGAAGAGCCCCUCCACCGCCGCUUGUUCCUGUGUAACGCUGUCGUGACGCUGGGGAGCGCAACACCCAAAGGUGGAACUUGAGGACUGGUGGGUAGUCCUGGGCCGGGCCGCCGCUCCCGUUCGCCGCCGCCGCUGGGCUGCUCACCAUCCGAGAUCUGGCCACUUGGGAAGUAAACGUCCAUUUCCCCCCU